CCACGACCUGGUCUGGAGGCUGAUCCGCAGCGAAGAGAGUUUGGGGCUGCCGGACGGAGCAGGAGGCUGUGAGGCUGGAGCUUGUGGCUGGUCCCCCCGGGCAGACAGUGAAGAAUGUUCUCCUCGGUGAAGCCGUUUGAGAACCAGCAGUACCAGGCCCUGAAGAAGGAAUGUCUGAGUAAGAAGGUUCUGUUUGAGGAUCCGACCUUCCCGGCCAAUAACGACUCUCUCUUCUACAAGACACAGCGAGUCCAGGGGGUACAGUGGAAGCGCCCCAAGGAAUUCUGCAGUGACCCUCGUCUGUUUGUGGACGGGAUUAGUUCACAUGAUUUGCAUCAAGGCCAAGUUGGAAACUGCUGGUUCAUUGCCGCCUGCUCCUCCCUGGCCUCACGUGAGCAACUAUGGCAGAAGGUGAUUCCCGACUGGAAGGAGCAAGAGUGGUUCGCAGACAAGCCACAAAACUAUGCCGGAAUUUUCCACUUCCAUUUCUGGAAGUUCGGGGAUUGGGUAGACGUGGUGAUCGAUGAUCGUCUCCCUACAAUCAACAAUGAACUCAUCUACUGCCACUCCAAUGAGAAGAAUGAGUUGUGGUGCGCACUGGUGGAGAAAGCUUAUGCCAAAUUAGCCGGGUGCUAUGAAGCGUUGGAUGGAGGAAAUACGGCUGAUGCCCUUGUGGACUUCACCGGUGGUGUCUCGGAGCCCAUUGAUGUCUCCGAGGGGCAUUUUGCCACCGAUGCAGAGAAAAGAAAUGACCUUUUUGAGAGAGUCUUGAAGGUCCAAAACCGAGGAGGUCUCAUCAGCUGCUCCAUCAGGGCAACCUCAGCCAGUGAUAUGGAAGCCCGUAUGGCUUGCGGCCUUGUGAAGGGUCAUGCCUAUGCCGUAACAGAUGUGAGAAAAGUGAGGCUGGGCCACGGCUUGCUGGCCUUUUUCAAGUCAGAGAAGCUUGAUAUGAUCCGCAUGCGUAAUCCGUGGGGGGAGAGAGAAUGGAACGGACCUUGGAGUGACAGCUCCGAAGAGUGGCAGAAGGUGAGCAAGAGUGAGCGGGAGAAGCUGGGUGUCACCGUGCAGGACGACGGGGAGUUCUGGAUGACCUUUGAGGAUUUCUGCAAGUAUUACACAGACAUCAUAAUGUGCAGACUCAUCAACACCUCCUACCUGAGCAUCUACAAGACAUGGGAGGAGGCCGUGCUGCGAUCCUCUUGGACUAAACACGAGGACCCUUUGCAGAAUCGCAGCGGGGGGUGCCUCAACCACAAGAGCACUUACCUUCAAAACCCACAGUUCGUGUUUGAUGUAAAGAAGCCGGAAGAUGAAGUUCUGGUUUGCCUCCAGCAGAAGACGAAGAGGACCACCCGGAAGGAUGGCAAAGCAGAAAAUCUCGCUAUAGGUUUUGAAAUUCACCAGGUGGAGUUGAACCGCAAGUUCCGGAUGCACACCCUUCAGCCCAAAGUGGCCAGCUCCAUCUACAUUAACUCCCGCAGUGUCUUCCUACGUAUUGACCUGAAGGAGGGGAGAUACGUCGUUAUUCCCACCACGUUUGAUCCAGGUCACACGGAAGAAUUCCUGCUCAGAAUUUUUACUGAUGUGCCUUCUAACUGCUGUGAACUGAAAUUGGAUGAACCCACCAGGACUUGUUGGUCGGGGCUAUGUGGGUACCCCCAGCUGGUGUCACAGGUGCACGUGGUCUCAGCCCUGGGACUCAAGAAGCAAGAUUCCGACGGAGGUGCUGACCCAUACGUGAUUAUCAGCUGUGAAGGAAACAAAGUGCAGUCCCCUGUCAUAAAAGACUGUUUGGAGCCGAAAUUUAAUGUCAAAGGCGUUUUCUACAGGAAGAAGCCUGGGCAGCCCAUUGUGGUUCAGGUUUGGAAUCAUAACGUUAUAAAGGAUGAGUUCAUGGGACAGGUGGUCCUUUCUGCAGACCCCAACAACCUUCAGACUCAGCACAGCCUUGAGCUUCAGAACAAGGGCAACAAGAAAUCUGGCGAGAUCUCAGGAACCAUCAACCUUGUUCUGCUCACUAGCCAAAGCCUUACCGGGAUAUAACCCUCCCGGUGCCAUGUAUACAGGUGAAGAGCACACCCAGCCUCCACGAUACCCUUGAGGUGCCUUGAGGAAAGCCGAGACCCAUUGUCCCGUAGGCCUUGUUACCACCGAGAUUGCAUGCUCCGCUCCUGAUUGUAACAAUGACUGACUGUAUGUUAUUCACUAUAUUCGAUUCCAUAUACAGAGCAGUGUCCAUGUAACGUGUGAACAUGUGCCAAAAAACCAGUAUAUCUAUAGCUUAGAUAGAAAGUUACCGCUAGCAUUUAUAUUACGUCUGCUGGGGGUUCACGCACCCAAAGCUUUGCCCACUCAUUCUUUAUGCGGGUGCUAACAUGCAAUAUUCCAUGUAUUCUCUGGACUAAAGCAGCUCUGUUUGGUCACCAUCUCAGUCUGCUCUGGGAGACCCCACUACUGUGAGAUGUCACUUGCCCCUUGAUGCUUAACUGUAUUGCUGCAAAGCUUGGUGUUGCCAUAGUGACAUAUUUGGGUUCAUAUCAAUCCUAUAUUAAGUUAUCCAUACAGGAGCCAUUAAAAGCUACUGACUUGGACUCCAGACCAAAUCAACAGUUUAUUGGCUCUUGAGUGAGGUCCUAAGGAGGGGCCUAUCCAACCAAUAUCUACCCAAAGCCAGAUACCUGUUGGGCUUCAGUCUGAACUGGCAAACCAGAAGGAGAACUUUUUAAUAGUAGGAUUUUUCAUAUUGAGAGUAUUUCUCUUAUGUAGAACAUAUCUUUAAAACUACACACGACCUGCAAUGCCAUUUGACCUGUCACAUGUCCCUUCUUGUGCAUUUAAAUGAGCAGAGGACUCUUCUAUAUUGAUGGUAUCUUUACUUUCCCCAUUCCUACAACAGGUCUUAUACUGGGGUUUCUGGUUCUGCUGGAUCCAGUUAUACAGAGUCUAUCCAAAGACGCUGGUCCAGGCCAGACUUUUGUAUGAUAAUAAGCCUCGGGCCGUAUCUAAAGGGGCUGCAUUUAGCUUUUUAUACAUAGAAUAAGGAUUUAGAUCCUGUAGCUCCUGUAGGGUCCUCUGGUGACCAAACUGGACUCAGGUCUCAUAUUUCAGAACAAUCGUUGGGGCCUUCAUUUUGGCUUCUUCCAGGAGCCACAGUUUCUAGAUCUAGUAGAGGAAUGCACAAAUGAUAAUGUACAACGUGCAUGUAUGUCAGCAUGGGGAUGUGGAUAUAGGACAGAAAUCAACCUAAGGGCUUGCAUUUGUCAUGCGUCUGUUUUUAGGAGACUGAACAACAGAAUUCUGCCGUGAUUUUAGUUUUAUGACAUUUUAUCCGUUUUAGGUAGUAAAUAAAAUGAGGUUUUAGGGAGAGAAAGAACAAUCCAUUUGGCCAGUAGACUUUUUCUUGUGCCAGUGCUCCUCAUAGAAGGGACCAAUGAUCCGAUUCACUGUUUGUGGACAGCCACACAGUUCUGCCUAGCGAUUGGACCAAUUGGCUUGUUAGCUGUGUUUCAUUGGCCGAUUCCCAGCACUUUGCAGCCAGCUUUGUAGUGUCCCUACAUUGACUUUAAUAAGCCACAAAUUAUAUGAAUGUGAGGGUCAAAUGCCAAAUAUUUUACAAUGUUUGAAUGCACAAUUACAUAUUCUGUUAAGUUCUCAAUAUUAUUAUUUUUUGAAGUUGGUCUUUAAUGGCCCAACGUAGACCACCGCUAUUGGCUGCUGACUUGACAUCUUAUUGGCUAAAAGAGAUCAGAGCUGCUCAGGCUCAGAAAGAUAUUGGUCAACAAUCUGUUGCUUAAAGACCUCGUUGGAUCCAUUCCCAACUGGUCAAUAACAACCCCCCUGUGUGAUCCAGUCGCAUUUUGGGUUGAUGUUGCCAGUCUAUUACUGCUUUUUAUUCUCUCCUUGUGCCAAGUGAUUUCUCUUCUAUUAUUUAGCACAUGCAAAUUGAUGAUGAUGGUUUUAUUCAGGGAUGUUCAGUGUUUUAUUUGGAAUUUAACGUUGUGUAUUUUAUGGGUCUUUUUGCCUUUUUGUAUCUUAUUGUUUAAUGAUGAGUUUUACUCUCUUGUCUCCAAAUCUUGUUCAAGGGGAACUUUUAUAUUAAACUUCUUUCUCCUUUA